AAAAAAACCGGUGGCUUUUCCAGUGAGGCACGUUGUUUAGGACUCACACCGGGUUUCCCCUACAGCUGCUUCUCUGCUCCCGCAGAGCAGCCCGGCCUCCCACGGCAGAGAGACGUGCGGGGCAUUUGGAGAGCGUGAAGCCCAACGCGUGGCUCCUCCACGCCGCUCCACUCCCCCGCGGCGGCCGCCGACGAAGCUCCCCAUUCCCCGUUGUGAUUUGCAUGCCUCCUCCACUUCCUGCUGCAGAGCCAGUUCUGCAGCCUACCUGGGAGAGGAAGGGAGGCUGUCGUAAAAGGAGGAAAAAAAAAAACGGCCGAGGAGGGAGAGCCGGGUGAACGCGGAGCCUGCAGGAUUCGCUCCAGCCCUGUCCCCUUCCCGCUGAGCUCAGGGCGAGCGUCCCUCAGCCCAAGUGUGCUGGAAAAUUCUGACCUUGCAGCACGGCAGUUGACUCCCGUUCCUUGUGUGACUACGAAACUGGGAAAUGGCCUCUGUGUCAGGCGCUUUUGUGAGCCGAAGCAUACCAGUGGAAGUGGAUGAAUCCAUGUUGUAUUCCCCAUUUCCUGAACCUGCCCUGGAAGAGGCUUCACAGCCUUCUGUAGAGAAUGUGGAGGAUGAGGAGUGCCACAGACCAUGUGCCAAUCCAGCACAUCUCUGCAGAGCACUGGCACAUCACCAGCUGGCCACGGAGCCGGACAGCAGGCCGUGGUCGGAAUAUACCAAUCCUGAUGAAUGUGGGCGUUUCUGUUCCCCCAGUGAAUCAAUACUGGAAGUAGUUCAUUCCAAGAUGCAUCUUUUAACUAUGGACAAAUCAGGCAUGCAGCCAGGACCACUGCUUUCAGCCGAUAUCAACUCCAGUAAGUCAGAGCAGAGCUUGCAUGAUUCUCCCGAGGACUCAUUGGAGGAGAACAACAAAAGGAGUUCAUGGUCACAGCAGCCUUCAGGAAACAAAUUCCCAGCAGAGCUGGCAACUGAGGACACGGGUUACAACUCCCAGUCCCAAGACAUCAUGGGUGUCAGGCACCUGGAGCUCCCCUUACCACUUGUGUCCAUGGUGAACCCCCAGGACCUUCCAGGACCUCUGAUCUCCAGAGAGUUUUUUGGACCUGAGCCUCAGCAGCACCCCAGGUGCCAGCACUUGCCCCAUCCCAACCCCUCUGCGCAAGCCUAUGGCUUCUGUGGGCACCACUGUCUGGCAGAGCAGCACCUGCAUGGCCCACAUGGCAGAGCUCCUUACCAGCAUUUUGCACAUACAUCGCAACCGCUCCCUCCUGUUCCUGGUCCCUGCAUGAGAGUUAUCCGCCCAGCCCAGCAAGUCAUCCCUAAUUACUCCAACCUUCGUGCUCCCAAGGGCACCGCCGAGCGACCUCCCCAGAGGCUGUGCUCCUCCCCUGGUCCUCCUCGAUUCCCAAACCAGUUGUACAACCAGCUACCUAACGGCCAGCUGCCCCAGAAGGCAUGUGGCCCAGAUGAAGCAUGUUGUUGUCCUUCUGACAAUUUUCCGUCUCCAGCUGCUGUCCCAAGACCUCUCAGUAACCCUGCAGCCAAGGGAACUCUGAGAACCAGCAAUUUGCCGGAAGAGUUGCGCAAGGUCUUUAUAACCUAUUCCGUGGACACAGCAGUGGAGGUCAUGAAAUUUGUGAACUUUCUGCUUGUAAAUGGAUUUCAAACUGCUAUCGAUAUAUUUGAGGACACAGUACGAGGUAUUGACAUCAUAAAGUGGAUGGAACGCUACCUAGGUGAUAAGACGGUGAUGAUAAUCAUAGCAAUCAGUCCAAAAUACAAACAGGAUGUGGAAGGGGCUGAGUCCCAGCUGGACAGGGAUGAACACGGCUUACAUACUAAAUACAUCCACAGGAUGAUGCAGAUUGAGUUCAUACAACAAGGGAGCAUGAACUUCAGAUUCAUCCCUGUGCUUUUCCCAAAUGCCAAAAAGGAGCACGUGCCUACCUGGUUGCAGAACACUCACAUUUAUACCUGGCCAAAGAACAAGAAGAACAUCCUCCUGCGGCUACUGAGAGAGGAGGAAUAUGUUGCUCCUCCAAUAGGACCUUUACCAACACUCCAGGUUGUGCCCUUAUGAACAUUAUCUCUUAAAGUGCACGAGAAGCAGUUGUUAAAGGGUUGCUUUUGGCAGGGAGCCAGCACUUUUCCAGAUGGCUCUUUUUGAUGACAGAAGACACUGCUUCUGCUUAAGGAAUCUUGGGUAGCUCAGGCUCUGCUUGUUCUCCACCACGUUAAACAUCUAUUUCUGAAACUGAUGGGGCAGAACUCUUUUCUCCUAGGUUUUUAAAAAAGCUGCAAAUGGAAUGAAUGCCCAACUUUAUCUUAACAUCUGUUUUUAACAUAUCCCUUUAUUAGUCGAUACAGCAAACAAAUACCAGAAAUAAUGUUGCAAUAAAUGUAAAAUAAAAAUUACAUCCUCCUUUUUGCUCAGGUAUUCUUUAUAGAUAUCCCUGCCUUGUACAGCAUUAUCAGACAAUUAAUUUGUACAUGCACUAUUAAAUAUAUUUGCCUUUUGUAAGGCUAUUUUAUAUGUUGCCUCAAGUUUUUACUAUUACUGGGAAUGAUGGGGAAUGGUAACUGUUGAGUAAUGCAAGUUUUACUUAGACUGUCUUGCACAGAGACAAAGUCUUGAAUUAGAGGACUCUUGGAUCUGAAGCCUCUGGAGUUCCAUUUCCUCAGAGCACAGUCCCUAACACCUUCAGCAUGUUACAGCAACAGUCCACAAAAGGACAGCUAAAUGUAUUACUGCGUGUGCAGUCAGUACCAUGGAAUGCUGAAGUACUUUUAUAGUGGGCUUUUAGCUUCAUUACUGCUCUUCAUCCCUUAUUUGAAACAGAGCAUGUCAAAGAACAAUUGCCAUUUGGAAACCAGCGGUUGUUAAGAGAAAUAACAUUGACUCCUACAACUUGUAUGCAGUACGGAACAAUAAAAUAAUCAAAGAUGUUGGAGAGCUGUGGGGUGCUGGCAACCAAGAAGGCUCAGCAACUUCACAUCUGCUAAAGUCUGAGUGUGUUUUUGCAGAGAACAUAAGCACUACUUUGGUGAGGGUUCUUUUGUUAACUGCUUUAACCUUGCUGAGAUAACAGUGAACCCUGUUGGCUUGAAAUCCCGCAGGCAUUAUUGUUAGAGUAGGCAUACAAAAACCUCCUGCUCUGGUGCAGAGCACUCCAUGCCUGUGCAAUACAGGCUCUUUCCAAGAUCCUCUUCCACUUUAUUGUUUGUUACCGAGUGACCCAAAUACAGCUUCAUGACAAAGUAAAUGUGUUUAGUUCUCUGAAAAGUAAAUUAACCAGAAGCUGAUACUCCUGUUACAUUGCCCAAAAUAUUUAAUUAGCUUUCCAUGAAGAUCGUGCUAGUGUGGUAUGUCAAUACAGGAUGUGCUUCAUGGUGCUCAUGAGGAACAAUUACAGCACUAUGUUGCAGAUACCCUCAUAGAUUUUCCUUUUGCAUAAAGAGUUACAGCUGCCUAAGAGAACUAGGAGAAGGGUGGUUCCAGUGUUGUCAGAUCUCAUAAUUUUCAUUGUGAUAUUUGCUGUGCUUCUCCCCAGUUUCUAGAGAGAAAUCUCAUAGCCCAGCAACUGAAAGAGGCUCAUACUCAGCAUGCUGGCAGUUUCCUGACAAGGCACAACAAACUUCUAUUAUGCAGCAGCACUUCUUGCUACCUACACAUGGGAGAGUGGGGAGGGGAUGUCCCAUUUUUUCCAUAUGAUAAAAUGAAAAGCUAAGUUUCCAAUUAAGAAAAUAACUUUCUAAAACUAUGACAGAAAUCCUUCUUAAAAGGUCAACAAAGUGAAUACAGAGGGAGGGGGAAGAGGGGGGACUUAGUUACCUAAACAUUGGCAUUUAGGGUCACUCAGAGUGCUGCACAACUUUAAGCUCAGAUUCCAAGUGCUGUUCUAGAAAAUGCAACUUUCUUGAAGUGCUGCUGUUUAUCUGCCACUCCUGUAUGGCUGUCUCAGGUACUUUAACAUAUCUAAAGUAUUUUAACACUCAAAAAUAAUUCUGGGACUCAAAACAUACAUUUUGUAGGAAUAUGUUUGAGGGAGAACAGACAGGGUAGGGGACUUGAGGUUGGAAAUGCAGGAUGUCAUUUGGCAACAAGACCAUGGCAGAAGAAGUUGAACCAACUGGGCCAGGGAAACCCCAGCAGGAAAUAAACCCAAGGGCAGGCAUGUUCAAUAUGGAAUGACGAUGAUUCUUGCUACCCUCUGCAAAUAUAAACUAGAUCUAAUAGCUAGAAGCUGAAAGGACAAAAAUACACACCUUGUAUUCCCAUUUUUAGUUUGGUUUCUAAAGAAAACAUCUAUCGAUCAGCCUGUCUCAAACAGCUUCUGAUCUCAAAAGCCAAUUCCUUCCACAUUUGAUAGGUAGAAGCUCAAAUAAAUACAGAAUAGAACAGAAUGAGAAUCAUAGCCUUAGUGGGCAAGGACCCAUAGGCAGCAUCAAAUCCAGCUCCUGGCUCCACACAGGAUCACCCGAAAUUCAAACCCUAUGUCUGAGAGCGUUGUCCCAGUGCUCUUUGAACUCUGGCAGCCUGGGGUUGUGCCCGCUGCCCUGAGCAGCCUGUUCCAUGCCCACCACCCUCUGGCAAAGAAUCUUUUGCUAAGCCUCCCCUGACACAGCUCCAUGCCGUUCCCUUGGGCCCUGAUGCUGUCACAUAGAGCAGAGCUCAGUGCUGUCCCUCUGCUCCCUGUGAGGAGCUGCAGCUGCCAUGAGGGCUCCUGUCAGUUCCCCUGCUCUGGGCUGAGCAAACCCAGGGACCUCAGCUGCUUGCCACACACUUUGCCCUGCAGACCUUUCACCAUCUUUGUAGUCCUCCUUUAGACGUUUCCUAAUAGCUUUAUGUCUCUCUAACAUCGUGGCACCCAACGCACACCCAGCACUGGAGGUGAGGCUGCAGAGCAGGAUAACCCCUCUCUUUGCCUGGUGACAGUGCUGGGCUGGGUACCCCCAGGUAUGGUUGGCUCCCACAAUGUACUUCGUGCCUACAUAUCAAGGACAUAGUGAGUACCAGAGAUCCCCAAGUCUGGCCUGGAGGAGAGGCACUGUGUGAUGUGGGCCUCCACCUAGUCCUGAAGGUGCUGUGCUGGCCUGCCAGAGCUGGCAGGAAUGCGAGCUCAGCCCUGUGUCCCCCUCACCAACCAGCCCCGGCCACAGCUCGGAGGGGGCUUUCAGAGUGCACAGUGUGGGUGAGGCCGGAGGGGAGAAAGCUGCAGGAAAUGAGGCUGUGUUUGUUUUGCUGCUUACAAAGCCGCAUAUUAGGGAGAGCAGUUAAGCAUUCAAAAUGAUUAGCAAGGCUGGGUAGUAAAUUCCUUUCAUCAUUCUGGCUGUCAUCCUAAAAUAUGUGCUCUAGAUUUACCACAGAUUUGCUUGGUUUGGGCCAGGGAAUUUCAUUAAGUAAUUCCUGCAUCAUGUGAUACACAAGGUUGCACUAAAUGCUCCAGCGACCAUUUCCAUUCUUCUGUUUCAAUGAUCCCUGUCUGAAAAACAAUGAUAGCAGAAUAAGGGAGAAAAAUAAAGAGUCGGUGCUGAGGAAGUACAAAGAGCUCCAUAUAUUUAACUGCUGGGGCAUUUUUUUUUUAAUUGAAUAACAAUUCCCAGGAUCCAUUGAUCUUUACAUUAGUUAGAGCGUCCUACAAGGACAGAAACCAUGAUGGGGAGAGUGUGAGUAAUGAGCUCGCAGCCGAGUGAAUCAUUUCCCCUACAGCUUUGUGUUUGUAGAGAGACAGAUGGUGGGAGCUGUGGAGAGGGAGAGGGAGGGGAAAGGCAGGUUUUUGCAAAUAACACAAGUAGGGAGAGGACGGUGAAAAAGAAAUAAUCAGCAGGUAAGGGAGAAGGAGAGGCUGGAAACAUGCAGGCUGCUUCAAAACUAACAUGCUCGUGUUAAAAGAGAUUAGGGUUACAGGGAAGUUUAGGAAGGAAAUUACAGAAAACAAGAGCCUGGAGGCCAAGAGAGAAAAAUAUAACAGGAGCAGCCCUAGAAAUGCAUCUGUUAAGAUCUCUUAAGUCAGUUAUUAACUUUGUGUGCAAAUUGUUGGGCAGUAGCUUUCAGCAUGUGAGCGUUCCUCCCAUGGGUGGGCACUGCUGCCAGCAGGAGCUGCUGAGCUGGGGGAAGAAGGCAUUGCCUGGACUGCAGAGAUACUGGGGGUUGUUCCCCAGUGCCUGCACACCUGUGGGGUGUGAGAGGGAAAUGCACUGCCCAAACUGAGAGCAAACACUGGGAUGAAGGCAGCAUGAAGGGAAAGACAGAACUCACCGAGAAACAGCCUGUCUUGCAGGCUUGCCAGAACUCCAAUGACAUGAAUGCGUGUGAAGAUUUUUUAUGCCAGCCACCUGUGUGACAGAAAUACGAUAGUAAUGUUUUCAUCCCACAAAUAAACUACACUGGCCUCUCCAGCGAGGGAACCGUAUGGUGGGUCUGGUACAAAGGUAAUCCUAUAAAACCUUGCAUGCAAGACAUGAAAUGCUUCCAGAGCUGAUUUUCUCCCAGAGAGCCCUUCUAGCUGCCAUCACUUGGUGCCACUUAACAGAGCCGUGAGGCAGACAUCCCCAGGACUGGUGGCAGGACAGGCAGGAAGCGGGCUGUGAGGCAGACUCACUGCAGGUACUGGUUGAGAUUCCUCCCCAGCCUGCAGCCCAACUCGGGGCCUGGCUGCAAGGCAAGGCUGAGGAAAUGCCUGGCCUGGCAGGGAACAGGGAGCUGCACGGCCUUUCACGAAGGCCAGCUGUGGUAAGGAAGGAGAGCAGGCCUCAGAGAGUGCUCAGCACGCAGAACAGGUGCGCGCUAUCUCACAAAGCAAACAUCUCUCUCGUUACUCUUUGGCUUUAAUUUAACAGCUUCUCCCCUGCUGUCGCUUCUGUUUAAUCUGUGCCAGUGGCAGAUGACAGAGGUCCCCGCAGGCUGAGCUGAACACACUGGUGUGUGGUGACACCAGGGGUUCCCAGCAGCAGCCUCACACCUGCCCUGAGCUGUGGUGACAGAAGACGGCCAUUUUGUGACACCUGCUCAUGGCGGACAGGCCUCGGGACCUUCUCCAGCCUAACAGGAGGGUCCACGGAACCUCUGGCAGCUCACAGUGAACCCCAGCAGACUGGCUGCUGGGAAAGGGGUGGCUCGAGUCCUGCCGGGGCAAAAGACUUCCAGCGUCCCAUCCGCAGGUCAGGCUGAUAAAGUCCUCUCUGCUGUGUAACGCCAGCCUCCUGAGGUGGAAAAAGUGACAUGGGAAUGCCUCCAGGGACCAUAGCAGCGUGUUUUUCUGGGGCUGAAGGAAAAGGUAUCGUAAUGCUAGGCACUGGACAAAAAAUAAUGAUUAAAGUAGUUGAUAAUUAAAAUUGAUCUUUAAAAAAUCAUGACCACCACCACCUGCAAUGAGCUCGUUCUGACUGUAUUUCAUUCUUUGGGUUUUCCACUUCUUCUAAAGGACUGUAUUCUGGAAAUACUAUCUUUGAGGCUUUCUUCAAAGCUAUCAUCUUCUGCUUGGCCUAACAGCUCUUACAACACGUCCACUCUAUUUUUCGUCAGCUACCUCCAGUUAAAACCCACUAAAGGUGAUGUUUUGUGACUGGCAUGUUUGGCAGCGCAAUGCUCUGGUGUGCUGGCCUCAGGAUUUUCAGCAAGCAGCGGGUGCUGCAGUGCUGUUAAAAAGCCUGCAGUCUUCAAAGGAAGCAAUUUAGUCAGAAAAACUUCUAAAAAGAUAACACUGGUGGGGAUUGAGCUGAACAGUGCAGGAGUAGCUAAUGCAUUAAAGAUUCUUUCAUCCUUAUGCUGGCAGAGAGAACUCAGCCUGGCUUGGUACCGACCAAAACCACCUGGGUUUGUAUUCUGUAGCAUCACUUAAAUGCUCAGCAGAUACUGUGUGCAUCUCAUUGACAUGAAGGAAUGUAUACAGCUACAUGCAAGCAACCCCCAUUGCAGUCUUCCUCCCAAAUUUUUCCUAUAAACUGGACAUACAGAAACACUGAGACCCAGUCUCAGUAUCAAUACAGAAGCCAAUUUUUCUUUGAUGCCUAAUUAACAGCACUCUGAGGACAACCAACCGUUUCUCUUUUAAGAAGAUUAAAGAUAUCCCUGCCAAUAAUGAUUCCAGAUGCUUAAAAGUGUCUUUCCCCAUGUACAGGGCAAUGGAUAAGGCACUGAGAAAUCAUUUGGAAAAAGAAGAUUUAUCUCCACUUUACCACUGAAUUGCUGCAGUCAGCAGAAUGUUAUCAACUCACUCUGCUCUGGGUUCCUUACACUAGAAGUGGAAAUAAAGGCAAACUGGCCACUUAAGUAAAGUUAUUAUUUGAGACUUACUCAAUAAAAUACUACGUGCAUACAAAUAAUUUUUAUGUGUCCAUUUUCCUCCCAGUCUAUAAUAGAGAUGAUUUUCCUGAAGCAGGGGCUGUAAAAAAGCUGAAACAGCAGAAACCCAGUAGUAAGAAUGUCCCAAAAGAGAGAUGAGAUGGAGACUUUAAAUAGGAAUAAUAGAAACUGGGAAGACAGACAGGAAGUAUGAUAAAGAGGAAAGCAAUUAUAAAGUAAUCACACUGAAGGAAGUGGCAAAACCAACCAGCUAGCAUAGAUUUGU